ACACACACACACACACACACACACACAGGAAAGUAGUGAUCGUGCGACAAUCUGCGAUACACUUGUGAAGAAUGGCAGCUCAGCGGCUUUUCAAUGUCAGGCGUCAGUUUGUGGAUGGUGUGACAGCCCCAGUUAUAAAGGAUCUCCUGAAUGACCUUUUAGCCGAUGGAGUCUUGAAUGAAAGAGAGCGAGACUCUGUGUUGGAGGAGAGGCGUGCCAGAGCAGACCAGGCAGAAUGUCUGAUAGACAUGGUGAGGAAGAAAGGAAACGAAGCCAGUCAAAAGCUGAUCGAUCACCUGAAGACCAGAGACUCUAAACUUCACCCUGUUCUGUUUCCAUCCGCUGACCAAGAGGCUGCUGCUGCAGAGCUCCAGUUCCCGAACCUCAAAUGAGCAGAAUCGUCUUCAUUAAAUUACAUGGAAAUAGAGAACCUGAAGAAGUAUGGAGGUCCCCCCUAAUCAAACGAUUCUAAAAGUCAAAAUACAUAACAGAUUCCUGAUAUCUGAAUUAAUCGGGAGGUCUCCUUACCUCCUAACCCAAUCCCUGGAAGAAGAGAUUAAAUUGAAAUA